AUGGUGUCACACCAAAAAAACCCCUUUCCCGCUGAAGCUACGUCACUCUGUGAGGUCACCCGAGAUUCCCUCCCCCACCCCUUUAAAUACGUCACUUUGACGUCACCGCAUUCCCCUUCCCGACAACGCGCCGCGCGGGGAGCCCCAAGCCCCGCCCCUAUCUAUAAGCCCCGCCCUUCUCCGGCCCCGCCCCGUCAUCUGCCUUCGCGGGAGGAGAGAGCGGCGAGGCCACGCCCCCAAGGGAGGCCGCGCGCCAAUGGGAGAGCCCUCUCUCCCCGCCUCCUCGGCCACGCCCCCUCGCGGGGCUCGCCCGGAGCUGGAGCGGCCGCCAUCUUGGAAUUGACGCUUGGCGAGAGGGGAGAACUGAGGCAGGGGCGGGGGGGGGGAGAGCGGCCUCCCUCUCCUCCUGUCGCCAUGGCAACAGCCGCUGCUAACCAGGGUGAGUGGGGGGGGAGGCAGAGGCCUGGGCGUCGGGUUGGUGGGGGGGGAGCGGGAGGGGGCUCACGGUUCGGGGUUGGGGGGCUGGAGUGACUUUUGGGGGAGGGUCUGGGUGGAGGGGUGAGCUGUGGGGAGGGGUCAGCACGAGGUAGGUGGGGGGAGGGCUUGGAGUGACAGGAGGGGAGGCGGCGGAGGGAUGGAAGGGGUUAAUGAGGGGCUCAGGGGGAGAGGGGGUUUUGGGGGGGAAAGGGAAUGGGGGGAGGGAGUUAUGAGUUGGGGGUCUUAGUGGGAGAGGGGGAUUUGGGGAGGGGAGGGUGAGACUGGGGGUGGGGGUGGAAAGGGGAAGUAAUAUAGUAGUAGUAGUAAUAAUAAUAAUAAUAAUAAUAAUAAUUUAUUUGUACCCCGCCCAUCUGUCUGGGUCCCCCCCAGCCACUCUGGGCGGCUUCCAACAAAACACUAAAACACAAUACCCUAUUAAACAUUAAAAGCUUCUCUAAACAGGGCUGCCUUCAGCACAGGGUAAGGGUCACCUGUGGGGCUCAGAGAUACAGAUUUGGGGGCUUAGACUUGCAGUUUGGGAUAAUGGAGAGUUCUAGGAUGAGCGUGUCUGUGAGCAGGCAGGGGUUAUAGAUUAAGGAUGACUGUAGGUGAAUUGUGGGGAGUGGAGGGCUACAUGGAAUCAUGAGAUAUUGGGGGGGGAAGGUUCAGAGGUAGAGGUUUGGGGGAGCUGAAGCGAAUCUGGGGGCCACCCCUGCAGAGGGGAGUUUCUUUGGGAUGGCGGAGUGUGUGGGUUGACUGGGGGUGUGGCCAAAGGGUUCUUAAUAGCAUGGGGAGCAUAGGGUUAUAAGUGGGGCAGGGGUUGGAGUGAUGGGAAAGGUACGGUACAGGUAAGAAUGACUUGAGGAUGCUGUGGCAGUUGUGGGCUGAGAGGGGAAUGGGGUGGCUCAGGACUUCGAGUGCCGUAAAUGAGCUGGAUAAUAGGGUUCCCCUGAAAUAACACAUUUAUCGUGAAAUCAGCUUUUGGGCAUGACAGCACUUUUUUCUGCUGCAGACUUUUCCUGGGUACCCCUUUGGAAAAGGUUUAGUUGGAGUUAGGAUUUGAGGGGGGGGGGGGAGUCUUGGCUUGGGGAGGGGGCACUGCCAAUGGAAAUGACCCUUUUCUUUAUUAAGGGAUUAAUAGCCGACCUUUCUCUAAAAAUGAAAAGAAAAAUAUUGACUGAUUAAAUACACAACACAAGAAAAAUGUGAUGAAAUUUAAGAUUACAUUAGGAUCAAACAAAUAGAAAAACACACCCUUGGCUGCAUGAUUUGGGGAUGUGGGCGGAUGACAAGGGUGACUGGGCCGCAGUGCGAUUUCUGGAAUGCAAGAGCAGGGACAUUUAGGGAGACACAGGAAGGCGACCUAUAGAUUCAUGCACAGUCUGGGUGGGGGGAGCUCUGCAAGCCAAGAAAUGGCUUGGUUUAACCAUUAAUGAUGGUGCGUUUUCUCCUGUUAGGGGUGCAAAGUGGAGUAGGGCACGUAGAAGUGAGGGGAGGAAGUUGGGAUUAAUUGGCACAAAAUCUCAAUCUAGUGCAUAUAAAACUACAGGUAGAUUUUCCUUGAGUGUUUCUACUAUAUAUUUCAUCGACUCUGAUAUAUUUAAAUGCAUGGGACAUAAGCAGGGGGAGGCAUGAAUUGUGAGGUGUGGAGAAAAUUGUCAAUGGCUACUAGCCAUGAUUCCUGCCAACCUAGCAAUUCGAAAGCACAUCAAAAAAAAGUGCAAGUAGAUAAAUAGGUACCGCUCCGGCGGGAAGGUAAACGGCGUUUCCGUGCGCUGUUCUGGUUCGCCAGAAGCAGCUUGGUCAUGCUGGCCAUAUGACCCGGAAGCUGUCUGUGGACAGACGCCGGCUCCCUCGGCCAAUAAAGUGAGAUGAGCGCCGCAACCCCAGAGUCGGUCACGGCUGGACCUAAUGGUCAGGGGUCCCUUUACCUUUACUAGCCAUGAUGGCUUGCCAUGCUGAGCCUCUGAUUUUGAAAACCGAUUUCGGAAAGCGGGUUUCCCAAAAGAGGCAACUGGGUGGCUGCAAUGAGAACAGGAUGCUGGCCUCGAUGGGCCAUUGGCAAGAUCCAGCAAGCUCUUCUUAAGCUCAUUGGGUGACCUGCCAGCCUGACCUACCUCACAGGGUUGUUGUGAGGAUAAGAUGGGGAGAACCCGUUUGGCCACGCCUUUGGUUCAGCGUUGGAUUUUUGCAGCAGCAACUUUGAAGGGGAUGUCAGGUGUCUGCAGGAACUGGUCCUCAGACCCAGAGAGCUGCUUGUUUGCCACUUGCCCUGGUUGCCUGCUAACCUUUUGUUGAACCAAAGAAAGGAAAUAUUUCCGUAAGGGCAUCUGCAUAAAGUUCAUCAGGCAGUUUAUAUUACUCUAGGCAGUUUCAUUUCAGCUGGCAGGUAGUGCUUGAAGGCAGGGACUGCCCCUGGUGUUGCCUGUUGAAAUUGGUAGGACGUAAGGCAGGGUGGCACUGUGGUCUAAACCACAGAGCCUAGGGCUUGCUGAUCGGAAGGUCAGUGGUGCGAUUCCCCACGUUGCUUGGUCCCAGCUCCUGCCAACUAGCAGUUCAAAAGCACACCAGUGCAAGUAGAUAAAUAGGUACCUCUCUGGCGGGAAGGUGAAUGGUGUUUCCGUGCGCUGCUCUGGUUUCGCCAGAAGCGGCUUAGUCAUGCUGGCCACAUGACCUGGAAAAACUGUGGACAAACGCCGGCUCCUUCGGCUGGUAAAGCGAGAUGAGCGCCGUAAUCCCAGAGUCGUUCGCGACUGGACUUAACUGUCGGGGGUCCUUUACCUUUAAGGCAGGGAGACCAGCAGUAGGUGGUGCUAGAGCAAAUUCUAGUUUUGUCUCCUCCCUGUUGAGUUCUGUCUAUAAGGGGCAACUCAGACCAAGGAGGAAGCUGAUGAGACAGUGGACUGGCAGCAACCAAGAAGGCAGGCAGCUGGCAGAAGUUGGUGAGGCACUGCCCCAUUGGCCUAGAUGGACCAGCUGCCUCCUCAAGAGCUGGAGACGGUGGUCUCCCUGUCUCUAUGGCAUGUCUUCUCUGAGAAUAGACGUGUAGGAUGAAGGACAUAGGCCUGCUGGAAAAUGGUGGUCCUCCCGCCGUUAUGGAGGAUGGAAGAUGGGGAGUCACCAGGGCAGAAACGAAAGGAGAGGACAUCGCCUUUCAGAUAUUUUGGACUCCAAUUCCCAGAGUGGUUUAGCACUCAGUCCCUCAUCACAGGGAGCUCUGUGAGAGGAAUGGUGGGGAGGGAUAUCGCCUGACCACUCUUGGCGCUCUUAAGAGCUCCCCUCCUUGAGCGGGCUUUUGGUCUUCUGCUUUUCCCCCUUUCCCUGCCAGGAAACCUUUCAUUUUCAGCAGACUCCUUCUCCACUGUCAGCUGCAGGCAGAAAAUUGAUUUUAUUUUAUUUUUUCAAUUCGUAAAAGGGUUGUAAGGAGCAGAACUUAGACUGGUGUUGCGUCAUUGCUGCUCUUUUCCUGACUGCCUUUCUGUUCUGGACAGUCUCUAAAGGCUUUGUACAUGAAUAUGAUCUUAUUAACUCUUCGCUAAAAAAACACCCAGAGAAGCAAGGCAGGGAGAUUGAAGCCCCUAAGAGCACUUCAGAUGGUUUAUGGCUUGUUCUCUGAGUUUUACAGCCUUGUGGUAUUAAUUAGAUCGGGCCUGCCUCAGAGGGAACGGAGUCCUGAGAGAAGCCUGCAGUAGGAUUUUAAAUUAUCUUUGUGGGUAUUGUUUCGUUCUUUUCCGUGAGUGCUGCGGCAUAAAACAUGCCAUGCCCGCGAUGCGCUUUUAUUGCUCCAAGCGUUCUUCCAUCUGUGGCAGCCCAAUUGAGUCAACGGUUUGUUAUUUGAGGGGCAAAUUAGAAUAUGAGAAGAGCCUGCCGGAUCAGGCCAGUGGCCCAUCUAGUCCUCGGUCCUGUUCUCACAGUGGCCAAAUGCCCCAAAGAAAUUAGGAAUGGAGGUAGACUGCCUCUGGACAUGGAGGUUCCAUAGGAACAUCAGGAGAGGCCAACCAAAUGCCCCAGUGCUCAAAGGCAGGACCUGAGCGCAAGAACUACUCUCUCCUGCCUGCGGUUUCUAGCAACUGGAUUUCAGUAGCGUUGCUGCCUCUAACUCUGGAGACAGAGCCUAGCCUUCUCCUUAAUGAAUUUGUCUCAUUCCUCUUUUAAAACCAUCCAAGUUGGUGAUCACCACUGUCUCCAAUGGGAGAGAAUUCCAUAGUUUAACGCGGUGCUGCAUUAAGAAGUACUUGCUUUUCUGUUUCCCUUUUCCCUCUGUUGGGCACCUGGGGACAGGAGACUUUGGGGGCUUCCAGGUGGGUGUUUCUUAUGGGACGAGUGCUCACCAUUCAUUCAAACUGGAGUUGUUUUGCAGGGUCCACACGGUGUCAUAAAACCUUCCCCUAAAUAAAUAAAGCCCCUCCAAGGCAACACCCGUUGUUGUCUUUUUGUGGGAGCAAAAUCCAUAAUUCUGCACUGUGCGAAGAAGUCCUUCCUUCUGUCUGUCCCAGAUCUUCCAGUAUUCGCACAACCCCAGAUUGUGACUAAGUGGGAACGAUGAGCGAAUUUGACAUCGCCUUCUUAAAAGCCAGACACAUUUCCCCUUCGAGUUGUGCAUGUUUUCUCUCUGGCGUCCAGUGAGCUUUCUUCAGAGGGAUGUGCCAGAAAGUCUGGUACUUCCAUCUUGCUGUGGGUGUAUGUAGAAGGCUCAGCUCUGGCGAUGCGCUGUUUGCCUGGCAAGCCAGCCAGUCGGCGGAGCAACCCAAAGCAGAUGUCUGCUGCCCUCUUGGGAUGAUGAUGAUGAUGAUGAUGAUGAUAAUAAUUUAUUAUUUGUACCCCACCCAUCUGGCUGGGCUUCCCCAGCCACUCUGGGCGGCUUCCAACAAAAUAUUAAAAUACCGUAAUACAUCAAACAUCAAGGGCUGCUUUCAGAUGUCUUCUAAAAGUCUGGUAGUUGUUCUCUUUGACAUCUGGUGGGAGGGCGUUCCACAGGGCGGGUGCCACCACCGAGAAGGCCCUCUGCCUGGUUCCCUGUAACCUCACUUCUCGCAGGGAGGGAACCGCCAGAAGGCCCUCGGACCUGGACCUCAGUGUCCGGGCAGAACGAUGGGGGUGGAGACGCUCCUUCAGGUAUUCUGGACCGAGGCCGUUUAGGGCUUGAAGGGGAUGAUGCCUCACUUCCCCUCUCGUCUUUCCUCCUCUCCUUCCAGAAAUGGCAUCGGAUGUCCCCUUGCUGGGCUCUGCUUCAGGGACGCCUGGACCCGACGCGUGUUCUGGAGGGAGCAUUGUCCAGAGAGCAAACAAGCGCAGGACGGGGUAAGGGUGGCUCCGGUGGUCCCUUGGAAUGAGGAUGCUUGGCGGGGUGGGGGUUCCCCCCUUCCAACCCAAGGGCCGCAUGUAACCUUCUGGGGGCCACAAACCUUUGUUGGGCAGGGCCAGAGGCAAAAGCAAGUGGCGUCAUGGAUACAACUCUCCCUUUGCUCUAUCGGAUUCAUCCCAGAAGCCAGAAGUUUCUCUUUUUAAGAAAGCUGAUUCUUGAAUAGCAAUUUAACAAAGAAGAAAGAGACAAAAAAUGAAGAGGAGCUUUAAAAUAGCAAAAACAAUCCAUCAGCUUACAUUAAGAAUGCAAUAAACAUCAGUACAUCCAUCUUAAAUAGAAAUAUUGCUCUAAGCCAGCCAAAAUAAGUACACCUACGAGACUGAUGCGUUUGUAGGAAGUGUGUUCAAAUGUAGCCAGGGCUGGUGAGAUUCUCAAGGCCAUUUUGUGAUAGACAGCGGAUGUUCAGCCUUCCAAAUUCGAAGUUUUAAGUUUCUUGGCUACCACAAAGGCUCACAAAUUCCACUUUUGCUGUCCUGCCCUUUAAUCUCCAUGCUACAGGAAUGUAGUUCAAAAGUACAUUAGCAUCUGCAAAUAUGUUUGCUGGUACAGCAAGCCCACAACCUACACACAUUUAACUUGUGCGCAUUCAAUUUUACACACUUGGCCAAAAUAAAAAUAAAAAGUGGACGGGCAUCUGAGAAAAAAGACUUGGGCAAUCCCACCCACCGUUGAACCCAGUGUGCUUUGACUUUAAGUAAUUUUUGGCUUCAGGCGCAAUCUCUGGAAUGUAACCCCUGCACAAGUUGCGGGCUUACUGUACAAAAAUUGGUACGGGCAGCAACUUCAGACAUUUCCCGUACGUGCACACACGCCUCCCUCCUUCCAUGCAAACAGAAGAUGACAUCACAGUUCAGCAGCCACAUCCCAGCCAGGAAGAAACAGUUGAAGGCACGAAGCAGGACUAUGAGGGGUGUGGCCUAUUGGGAGAGGGCGUGGCCUGCAGGAGGGUCUUGGAAUCCAGAUAGUGAGGCUGGGAGGGAUGCAUUUAGGCUUCCCGCCUGUUUUUAGAAUUUAUUGUUAUUUAUUGGGAGCAUUUGUACCUUGCUCUUCAGCCGAAAAGGUUCUCAGCGUGGCUUACAUACUAUCCAUUAAAACAAGGCAGUCUCUGCCACAGCCUUACAAAAAAGCAUGACACACGAGGGAAAAGGGACGGGGAGGGAAAAGGGGGAAAAAUCAAACUCAGGCACCAAUUCUUAAAUAUCUCCUCCUAUAAUGACCAAGUGCUGGCACAAUUCAGGGGUAGGAGCAGGCGCCUGAUGGAGCUGGGCCGUCGGCAAAGCUGUUGGGAUGAGCCUCUUCCCAUCUCUCCUGCUGAGGCAAAGCCAGCUUGGUGCCUGCCCCCCCCCCGAUGUUGUUGGACUACAACUCCCAUCAUCCUUUAUUGUUGUCCUUGCUGGCGUUGGGGCUGAUGGGAGCUGGAGUCCAAGAACAGGUACAGGGCUCCUCUUUUGCUGCCUCUGUGAAGAGUUUUGGGAUGAGCUGAGACCAGGCCAGGUGGGAGGCGGUACAGUAAACCCUACACCUAAAUUUCAACAUCCUUGGAGCCCUCUCGAGUUUCAAGACUCUGCUCUCUGCUUGGCAUUCAUUUUCUUCACCUGCUGGGAGUCCGAGGGGAGGUUUGUUGCAGCUGAGAUAACAGUCGUUCUUGCUCUUGUUCUCCAGGCUCGAUUUUGAUGACGACGGAGAAGGGAACAGCAAAUUUCUCAGGUGAGACGGACUUCCAGUGGCAAGGGACUUGGGGACUUGUGCUGAGCCAAAGCGAGAGAGGGAUCCGUCUUGUGAAAAGGCUCAUCAGAAAAUAGAAGGGAGUGGGACUUGGCUGUGCAAGAGCUGAGGUCAAAUUCUUUUCUCCCUGAUUGGCUGGGAUGACUCAUGUGUCUAGUGCAGGAAGCAUCUCCUUCAUUUACAGAAGGCUUUGUUUUGUCCUUAGUGAUGCCAGUGCAUAGCCAAACUUGAUAGGCUACGUAGUGCAGCAAUAUCGUCGUGUCUAGCGGAAGAUCCCUGAUGAGCAUGGCUACGUAGAGCUACAACAUUAUAAUAUCUUAAGAAUGAUAUGUUUAGGCUGGAAUGUGUGUGGAGUCUGGCGACCGAGAUAAUCAAGGGUCUGGAAACCAAGCCUUAUGAGGGACGGUUGAGGGAGUUGCGUAUGUUUAGCCUGCAGAAGAGAAAACUAUGGGAUGAUAAGAUAGCCGUCUUCACAUAUCUGAAGGUCUGUCAAGUGUAAGAUGGAGUAAACUUAUUUGCCACUGCUCCAGAGGGUGGGACCUGAAGCUGUGGGUUCAAGUUACAAGAGAGGAGAUUCCAGCAAAACAUCUGGAAGAACUUUCUGAGGGUAAGAGCUAUCUGACAGUAGAACGGACUCCUUCAGAAGGUGUUGGGCUAUCAUCCAUUGCAGGUUUUUAAAAAGAAAUUGGAUAGCUUCCUUUAGCUGUGAUUCCUGCAGUGCAGAUGUUUGAAUUAGUCGACCCUUGGGGUCCCGUCCAACCCCACACUUCAGUGAUUCCAUGAUCUAGCCUGGGAUCCCUGAUGAACUAGGCUACGUAGUCCUGCAACACCAUCUCAUCCUGUAUGGGAUUCCUGAUGAGCUACGGCUCUGAAACAGUCAUUGUUCAAAAGCUUAAUCUCUUCAAGCCACAGUGGCGUUGUCUGUAGGAGAUCCAGGCUGGCAGGUCUUCUGAGCAUGUAUUUCUUAGCCAGUUAGUUGGUUUUAUAAAAUUUAUAUACCGCUGGGCUGUAAAAACCUCAAAGCAGUUUACAAAAAGGUGAAUCAAGAAAAAUUCACCACCAUAUUUUCUGUUUCAAAAGAAGGCGGCUAAAAGAAAAGGACUGUACAAAGCACCCACAUAGACCUGAGUUGCUAUAUGUGCAGAUAAAAUAUUUGCGUAUAAAACAUUUAUAUUGCAAAUAAAGAACAAUAUUCUUCUUCCAAGAAUGGUGAUUUGCCAAGACUUGGAAUUCUAACGAUCAGGAUGAAACAGUCUCCCAAGUCUCAGCAGUUGUGCCCAUGGCCGUUGUCCAAAGAGGCACAGGCCGUUCCGUGCUGUUCGAAGCUGCCCGUUUCUCAUGUCUUCCUUCUCCCGAUUCUUCUCCUAGGUGCGAUGAUGACCAGCUCCCGAACGACAAGGAGCGGUUUGCUAGGUAAGGCUUCCUCCAGCGUCUCUGCCCUGCAGGAGCCAUUGAGGCCCAGGCGCUGUACCAUUGGCAUGUGCCACUCACCUGAGCUCCAGGUGGCCUUUCAUCCAUCUCUGCCCCGGCUCAAAGCAUCCCAUGUGACCCAGCCCUCCUUCCCUCCCUCCCCCUGCGCCUUCUCCCGCCUCCCAAUCCCUCCGAAAACUCUGCCUUUGAAACAGCAAAGCAAAUAGCCUCUUUCUCAAAAUUUGGGGUGCGGGGAGUGGUGGCUGGAGUAAUUUUCAGUUUGUUUGUAAGCACGGCUAAUUAGAAGAAUGCAGCUGCUCUUUCGUGGGGGCAGCAGACUGCAAAGCCAGGGUUUUAAAAAUUAUUAUUACUUGUUGCUUUUUAAAUGGCAAAGCUCUCAGAGCAACUUGCUUCUGGGGGGAAAGAGACAGAAGGCAGGCACUGGGUGGGGAAAUGGAGGCAGGAAUAAGGGGCUGAGGAGAAAGAGAAGGCAAGCACCAGGUGGUAAACUGAGGCAGGGGUGGGAUGGGAAGCUGGCGGAAGCUGGGCGUAAAUAACAGAGGGAGGGAGGCGCCUGAUGGGAAAGUGAGACAUAAAUUUUAAAAAUUUAAAUCCUGUGGUUUGUUUGGACCUGCCACACUGUCUCAACAGGCAGGUCAAGGAGUUUGCUCAUAUCCGGUUGCCUGAGGUCAGGCUAUUCUUUCCGUUGAAUUGCCUCAUACCUGCAGCCAUCCAGCGACUUCUUUUUAAUCCCUGGCCUGCUUGGGAACGGAUUGCGCAAACGUCUUAAAUUGGAGGGGGGAUUUUUCUUCCUGUUCCUCUUCUUCCUCUUCAAAGAUAGGCAUCUCUGCCUUGCUGGCAAGAGAAACUGUUGCCCACAGUGACUUUUAACACUCUCCUGCCUUGCGCAACCCUGGUUCGAAGUGAGGCCAUUUUGCUGUUUAAAGGUCAAAAGCCGGUCUUCUUUCUUCUUCCUUUUUUUUAAAGCUGGGGAGCUGGCCCCCACCAUCUGCCUGCCGUUAUCUUUGGUGCCUGUCAGAUGCAGGAAAUCUCUCUUAAGGGGCUGAGCUCUGUGAGUCAGCAGGAGGAGCCAGUCAGCCUGGGCUCUUUGCCCAGAUCCGAACCUAGCCUCAAAAUGCUUUCACUGAUGAUUCUGGCUUGAUUCACCAGUUUUCAGCAUGGCAAAGAAGUCCUUUGUGGUUUGCCCAGUAAGACCAGGGCAUAACCUCCACCUCCUGCAUAUGAAAACGGAAGUACAGAACGGUGGCAACUUGCACACAUUAAACCUGUGCGGUUUCAACCUUGUGUGGUUGAAGGCCGGCCGGGUGAAAUCACGCAAAUUAAAAGCACGCAAGGUUCUUCCUGCAUGAAAAGAGCUUUUAAGCUCCCUGACUUGCUUUCUGUGCAAGGCCCUCUUGGUGCGCCAGCUGCAGAAGCGCGAGAUUUCAUGAAAACGUAGGACAGCCCCACAAGAUUUCGCGAGAGCAACCCAGAGCCGGUGUUCCAAGCAGGCCUUGCCUGGUAAGCAAGGCGAGAGACCGCAAAAGCUCUUUUUGUGCCAGGUUUUCCUGGUGUGGAAAGAGCGUAUAAACGCUCUGCCUUACUUGGUGGGCAAGCCCCUCUCAACACGCCCGCUCCAAAAACCCAGGGGUGCUGGCGCAGGGAUGGCUCCAAGGUUUUGAGUACACAUGUUACCGUGUACGCACGGAACACUUGGAACCGAACCCCCACGUAAGAUGCCGUUGUACCAUACCAUCCUUGUUACUUAUUAAGGUGUAUCUUCCACCCUACGAGUUAGGCCUGUCCCCCAGUUGCAUGAUCCGUCAUGUUGGGAUCACUCGGAGGGUUAUUUACUCCCGUCUUCAAAACGGGUGCUCUUGUGCAAGGUUGCAAUUCAUGGGGGAUUUCAACACCCGUGGUAACAAGGACUUAGCUCAGGGAUCAGCAAACUUUUUCAGCAAGGGGCUGGUCCACUGUCCCUCAGAACUUGUGUAGGGCCGGACUAUAUUUUGAAAACAUAUAUAUGAACGAAUUCCUAUGCCCCACAAAUAACCCAGAAAUGCAUUUUAAAUAAAAGCACACAUUCUACUCAUGUAAAACACGCUGAUUCCUGGACCGUCUGCGGUCUGGAUUUAGAAGGCGAUUGGGUAGGAUCCGGCCUCUAGGCCUUAGUUUACCUACCCAUGACUUAGCUACCUUACUUAGUACGGAGACAGUCUUUUCCGAUGGGGAGGAGGUUCGGAUACAUGAGCUGAAAGGACUGUAAAAUAAAACUUUUGCUUUCAAAGUGCUUCUUCACACGGCUCAACUAUGGCACUUGCUCCCACAGUUGAGGGCCGCCAACUUGGAUGCCUUCAAAAGAGGAUUAGUCAAAUUCAUGGAGGAGGAGAGUGCUAUCGAUGGCUCCUAGCCACAAUGGCUAUUCUCUGCCUCCACACUGGGAGCCAGCCAUGUGUCUGGAUAACAGUUGCAGGAACCCCCCCCCGGGGGGGGGAGCUGCUCUGGCGCCCAAGUCCUGCUGGCGGCCUUCCCACUUGGGCAUCUGGUUGGCCAGGAUGCUCGACCAUAUGGAUCACUGGGCCUGAUCCAGCAGCCUGGCUCUUCUGAUCUCCCUAUGUUCAUCUUACUCAUUUCGGUAAUUAUUUUUUUAUCCUGUUCUCAAAGUGGCUUACACAUCACUUUUUAAACACCUCUUCAUUUUCAUUUCUCUUUAUCGUUUCUGUUAUAUAUUUUUGAUUUUGUAAUGUAAAAAGUAUAACUUUUAAAAAAAAAGAUUUAACAAUCCUUUUAAAAAAAGACACAAAAGGAAAAAUUGCGUGGGAGGGAGGAGGAAAAAUACAGGCUUGGGUUCAGGUUCUUCGUUGCAAGUUGAUUACUAGCUGAGAUGCAAUGGGAACCAAAAGAAGUUACUGGCACCCAAUGCAAUAUCCCUGCCUCCCUUCGUAGCUGUUUGCCUGCUGGGGAAGGCUGCUCACAAGAUUUCUGCUUCUCAGUUCUGGAGGAUUGCUUAGAUUUUGAGAAGGGGUGGAGAUUUCUCUGUUUCCUCCUCCUUCUGACUUGCAAAAACCGCUCUGCUGGAUUUGCAUCAGUCGUUCGGGGGUGGCGGCGGUGGGGCGUUUCUUUUAAAGCUGCAACCCAGGUUUCCUUCCCCCACCAAAUCUGGCUUCAAACCCAGUUUUUUCAAGAUUUGAAAGGGGGAAGUGGCAGGGCUUAAAAGGCAGCCUGGAUACUACCACUGCUGUUUUAAUUGGAUAAUUAUUUGGGGCAGGUCUGCAGCUUCAGUGGCAGAACACCUGCUUUGCCUGCAGAAGGCCCCAGCAUCUCCCAAGGUAGGGAGAGGGAAAUAUCCUGGUCUGAGACCUGGAGAGUCAGGGUGGACAGUGCUGAGUUAAGUGACCUGACCCGGUAUAAGGCAGCUUCCUGUGUUCCUAUUUUUAACUGGUCCUUCCUUCAGAACCCUGAGGACUAGAAUCUUAGCUUAUGCAUAUGGAAGCUCAGUAGUAGAGCACCUGCUUUGCAUUCAGAAGGUCCCAGGUUCAGUCCCCACUGGGGUCAUCUUGGAAAGAUUCGCUGCCUAAAACCCUGGAAAGCCACUGCCAGUCAGUGUGAACAGUACUGAACUAGACAGACCAGUAUGAGGAACAUUCCUGGCCUUUUCUGUGGUUUGCUUUCCAAUAUUUCCCCAGGCGAUUUGGACAGUGCUGAGGGGUCUGGCAUUCCUUUGGCAGCGUGGAUAUUUCGUGUGGCUCAGUAGCCUUUCUUGGAUGAACACUUUUAGGCUACUUGUUUUUAACACGUCCUUUAUUGUCCGACUAUAUUUUGUAUUUUGUGACAUUCGCAAGUUGCAUCAGGACUCCUUUGGAAAGCGACAGUCAUUAUUUUAAAAACUAACAGCAGGCAGCGGUUGAACCAGUUCCACCACAGGUUAAGAAUUAAAAGCCUCAGGAUUUUUUUUUCCUUUUUAAGUCUUCACGCAGUGCUGCAAAACCGUAACUAAUAGCCAAUCGGUUUCCCUGCUGAGAACUUUCCAUUCCAUAUUAUUAUUAUUAUUAUUAUUAAUCAUCCCACCUUUCCUUUUUGGGAUUUGGGAAUGGCGUUCAUGAAAGCUUGCCUUUGCACUUCUCAACCCACAUGGCUGUGUCUUGGUCAGCAGCAAGGCGCUCUGCACGCUCUCAGAGGCCCUCUGCCUCUCAUGCCUUUGCAUGUUGCAAGGGACUUACAGCUCCCCUAGUAUUAGAACCAAGUCCUGGGGCUUACAUUCUAGUGAGCUGCUCCAGCCUGUGGAACUGGCAGUGUUCCAGGUGCCACGUAAAUAUUUGCUCCACUCUUUUGGUAUGGCAGCCCCCACACUUUGGAACUCCCUGCCUAUUGACGCAUCAGGCUGGCGCCUUUACUGUACCGUUCUUGAUGUCUGGUAGAGACAUUUUUGUUUAGGCAAAGCCUCUCCAAGUACAUAGACUUCUGUGUGUUUUACUCUGGGUUUUAGUUUAGCACACACACACACACACACACACACACACAGGUUUUCCCCUCCGAUGCUUUGUUUUAUUCUUUUUGUAACAUGCUUUGAAGUUGAGGUUUAGUAUUGUUUGUUUUACAAUAAUGCUCUCUGUAUAUAUAGUGAAAUAAAAAUAAAUAUAUACAUACAUAGUGUCCUUUGUGGGGUCCUGCUGUGCCACCUGACUCGUCCUUCACUUGCUCCACACUAUACUCUGGCCAGACUUUCUCCUCUUCCCUCACCUCUUGUUUUUUCUCUCUCCACCCUCAUCCGUGUCUCUAACACGGUUUGUAAGCCCCUCUGGGCGGAGACCUUUUCCUCUCACGCAGGGCAUACAGCACCCAGCCUGUAGCUGGUUCCAGAAUGCCAGCAAAGUCAUGACACCCCCCACCCACCUUCCGCUUCUUAUUGCAGAUGAAUUGGGUCUCCUGUUACAUUCCCCCCCUCCUUUCUUUUAUUCCCUGUUACUUUCAAAUACAUUUUUUUCCUCCCCAGUUUUAGCUUAGCUCACCCCUUUUAUUUCCAGGUCUGAUGAUGAGCAGAGCUCAGCGGAUAAGGAAAGACUGGCCAGGUAGGAGAAUGGAGAUUUGGUUGUGUGUGUUUUUUAUUUAAGCAUGGCAAAGCAGAGCUCCUUCUCCUCCUCCUCUUUUCCUCCUCUGUGACACCCCUCCCCGUCUGCCUCCUCUUAAUAGUCUCCCUGCCCUCACCCGCUUCCUUCCUUAAAUCGAGGUCUUGAACCCAAACACGAGACUUACCUGAAAAAUCAGCACCUUUCCCGGUUUGGUUUGAUGAGCGGCAUGUUUGGCUCUUUCAGAAACAGGGUGGGUUGCAAAAUAAGGGCAAGGGGCUCAGCAGCAGCAUUCAAAUGAACCCGGGUUCAUUUCCCAGUUCCAGGUGGAGCUGCAAAUGUUUCAUGCCUGAAACCCUGGAGAACUUCAGCAGGUCAGUGUAGACAAGGCAGAGCAAGGGUCUGGCUUGGUAGAAACCCUUCGUUCAGAGCCAUGAGGACUGGAUUCUUACUUUAUUUUAGGGUAAGGGCUAUAGCUGGGUUACAGAUUACCUGCUUUGCAUGCAGAAGAUCCCUGGUAUCUCCAGGUAGGACCAGGAAUGGCCCCUAAGUCUGAAAUCUUGAGAUGCUGCUGCCAGUCAGUGCUGACGAUACUGAGCUGGAUGGACCAGUGGGCUGACUCUGUAUAAGGCAGCUGUCUUUGUUCCUGCUCUACUGGCUUAUGACGAAGCCGGCCUUUGUGAGGGGUCGGCAGCUGGCAUUGUUUAUGCCUCAUCUGGCUGCCCGAUCAACAGGGGGACUUGAUGGCAGGCUGGUUUUUUAAUGGGGCGACCAAAAGGACCUUGGCUGCCACUCCUUAGCCCAGUCAAAACUGGGAGGCAGUUAUAGAAUUGAGUUGGAAGGGACCCCGAGGGUCAUCCAGUCCAACCCACUGCAAUGCAGGAAUCUCAGCUAAAGCAUCCAUGACAGAUGGCCAUCCAACCUCUGCUUAAACACCUCCAAGGAAGGAGAGCCCGCCACUUCUAGUGGGAGUCUGUUCCACUGUCGAACAGCUCUUACUGUCAGAAAGUUCUUCCUGAUGUUUCGUCGGACUCUCCUUUCUUUGUAACCUGAAGCCAUUGCCCCCCAGAGCAGGAGAAAACAAGCUUGUUCCUUCUUCCAUGUGACAGCCCUUGAGAUAUUUGAAGAUGCCUAGCAUAUCUCCUCUCAGGCUCCUCUUAUCGCCAGUCCAAAGCCGCCGGCCCCUUGAUUGCAAUGCUUGGGGUGGGUGGGUGAGAGAGACAUUUAACCUACAUUAACAACAGCGCCACAGGUAGCAGCGGCAAGCACUUUUAGAAUCCUUUUUAUUUUUUGCAGCUUAAUCUUGAUUUCGGUGCUUGAGGUGGCACCUGAGCCUGCUGAGCGUGUUGAGACUCUCUCCCUGCAUCUAUGUGGAAACCUUUAAAUUUAUUUAUUGGUACCGUGCCCUUUCAGUAGAACUUGUGGGGUUUCUGUUGGGGCGUCUCUGGUUGGCCGCUGUGAGAAUCGGACGCUGGACUAGGUGGGACCCCCUUGGUCUGAUCCAGCAGCCAGGCUCUUCUGGAAUCUCCAGGUCCAGAGGCAGUCUAUCUCGCUUCCUAGGGGCAUUUGGCGGCUGUGCAGAUAGGAUGCUGGACAAGACAGGCCUCCACUUUUGCGAGAAUCUACGGCUGGACUCUUUUCUUUUACUUCCAAACUGCCCGCAACCUAGAAGAGCAAAGUCCCACCCGAUGCAUUGUGUUGAAGUCUUUCUUCAGGAGUUGGGGGAAGGCUUUCAGAUGGUUUUGCUGUGGGGUAGAGUCAUAGGGAUGGAGCUGGCAAGGUGAAUUUUCCCUCUGGGCUGCUAACUGAGAGCUAAAGAUUUGUCAUGUCCAAACUGUAGCAGAAAGCGAGUUGGAAUAUUGGGAGUAUAGAACCCAAGGCAGGUAGAGAGAGAACAGCAAGUUUCUGCAAGGCUGUUUUUCUGUAGCAUGUGUGUCUGUGUUACAGCAUUUCAGGACAAUAAAGAAGGUCUAGAGAAAAGCAUCUCCUCCAGGUGUCCUCCAGGUGUUCUUGAACUCCCAAUGCGCAUCAGCCCCUGCCAGGCUGGCCCAGCGGUCAGGGUUGAUGAUGACAUUGCUGGGAGUUGUAGUUCAACAGUUACCUUGGAGAGCCACCCCAUUCCCUGGGCCGAAGAAGCCUCCUGGGGCUGCAGCCGUCUCCCUCCCCCUUAUGUCAGGUGUGGGGGAAUCUCUGGCCCUCUGGAUUAUGCUGGACUACAACUCCCAUCAUCAUCAUCAUCAUCAUCAUGCCUGGCCAUUGGCCAUGCUUGCUGAUGGGAGCUGUAGUUCAGCAACAGACUGGGAGCCAUUGCGGUGCAGUGGUCCGUGUUGGACUAGGACCUUGUAGAGACCUAGGACCUUGUAGAGACCACUUAGCCACGAAGGAACCGUAGGCCAGUCGCUGCCUCUCUCAGCCUCACCUACCUCACAGGGUUCUUGUGAGGAUAAAGUGGGGGGGGGGAGAGCCAUGUACUGUGAGCUCCUUGGGGGAAAGGAGGUGGGAUCUAAGUGCAAUCAAUCAAUCAAUCAAUCAGCAAUAAAUAAACAGCUGGAGGGCCAAAGGUUUCGCCACACCUGGUUUGGGGGGAGGAGAAGGCUCUUGAGGAUCUGAAGGAUUUCUUGUCAGGUGUCAAGAUUCUCAGCUUUUUGUGGGCGCCCAAUUCAGCCAAAGCCAAGAUCUCCCAUGGUUACUCUGCGAGUCGCACUAGUGCCAGGCCCCCCCCAACUUCUUGUGCAGAGAAGGGAUGUAGGGGGGAGCACUGGCGAGGAGUUCUGCAGAGAAGCCCGUAAGUCUGCUCUGCGGAAAAGUACUCCCUUUUUUCGCUUCACUUGGUACCUUUGUGUGUUUGUACUGGGAAGCACGAGAUCCCAGCCAAAGGUUCCCAAAAAUUAGCUGUCAAGAUGGACAAUUCCAAGCCUACUUUUUUCCAUUAAAGAAAAAAAAUACUUGUUCCGUCUUCACUCCACCAUCCAUCCAGUUCCAUCUCCCAUUCCACGCUUGCCACACAUCAGACUCAUUCCGUUGCCUCUAACCCGGUUUCUUUUUUCCUUGUAGGAAGCCCAGUGUAAUCUUUUUUUUGGAGGGGAGGAGUGUUGGAAGGGAGGGUGGCUUUCACAGUCCAAUCUGCGAACGUUUCCUUUAAAGUGGCCUGUUACAUCCUUGCCACGCCUGAGGGCCUGGUUUGCACGUAACAAUAACUGUGGUUUGCUUAAUCACAGGUUGACUAUGCAUUGCCCCAACAAACCGUGGUUUGCUUCUCCAAAGCUCAGCUUGUUUCUCAGCUGCUGAGAUCCAGAGGCAGCCUGUCUCAAUGCUUAGGGGCUUUUGGCCACCGUGAGAGCAGGGUGCCAGACCACAUGGGCCCCAGUGGCCUGAUCUGGCUACAGGGCUCUUUUCAUGCUCUCAACUGCUGUGCCCUGUGAGCAUCCCAAAGGCACCUAACUGGCUGCCCGUUGCCAGAAGCAGAACCCAGCGCCCGAUGGUCCUUUUGGCUCCAAGUGCAGUCGAGCUGCUUCUAUGGUUGUUCCUGUUUUGAAGCGGCCGGAAGUUUCUCUUGCACCUUUCCUGUUGCAUGUCCAGCAUGAGAGUUUUGCAGCCUCUAACCACGAUUCCUGGCCCCGCAUCCAUUCCUUUCCUCCUCCUCCUCCUCCUCUCGUGCGACCGUGCGCAGGGUUGGCCACUGGAGCCUUGUGAACUAACCGGCCUGCCUCCUUUCACCCUCCCGCCAACCUGCAGGGAGAACCACAGCGAGAUCGAGCGCCGCCGGAGGAACAAGAUGACGGCCUACAUAACGGAGCUGUCAGACAUGGUCCCCACCUGCAGCGCCCUGGCCCGCAAGCCGGACAAGCUCACCAUCCUGCGCAUGGCCGUCUCGCACAUGAAGUCCCUGCGGGGCACUGGGAACACCUCCACUGACGGCACCUACAAGCCUUCCUUCCUCACUGACCAGGUACAGGCUGUUAGAUUUCUGUUUAUGCCACUGUCCAGUUUUUGGAGUCACAAGACUCUGUUUACAUUCCAGACUGUUGGAAGUCUCACGGGAGACGGGAGAUGGAUGUUGUUGUUACUGGUUUCCUGUUUCUUUGUCUCAGUUGGUUCACUGACUCACACAGAGAGAGGAUGUAUAUUAUUUUCUGUCUGCGUAGUUAGAAAUAAAACCUAGCAAUGUAGCUUAUAUUUCUCAUCUUUCUGCUGCUUGGAUGGAUGAGGGAACGUGCCUGAAGCCUCAUCAAAGGCUUAGGUCGUUAAUCACUGCCGGAGGAACAUCCGAAGAGGAGUAGCUCGGCCGUACGGAAUUCCGACACAGGCGUCCUGUCCCCCUACUUAACGCGGGGGUUAUGUACAGGGCCUCCAUGUGUGUAAGUAGGGAGCACCCUUUGAACGCCCUCUGUGCUGUGCUUUCUCCAACCCAGAGCAAAAAUACUGGAUCCAAAAAUAUCCAUAACUAGAAUUGAAGUUCUGGGGCCUCCAGGAGGCUGGAGUACGGGUAAAUAAAAGUGGCAGCAGCUGCUGCUGCAGCAGCUGUUAGCCGGAGAGGCUGAGCAGCCUAAACAAAUCCCUGCUGUGCCUUCGGGGCUUCCUCCACCCUCCCUGACGUCCUCUUUGGGCUCUCCUCAUGUACCGCGAGGACUCUCCGACUCUCUCCCACUAUUUCCGGGUUUGAAUUGGAUUGGAUUUGCCCCCAGUGUAUAUUUGGUCCCAUGAGAGUCGAUCAUCCCGGACCGCUGGUCCUGCUACCUAGGGAUGAUGGGAGCUGUAAUCCAACAAUGGCUGGGGAACCAAGUUUGAGAAACGCCAGUGUGGGUGUCGGACCAGGACCUGGGAGAGCAGGGUUCGAAUCCCCACUCAGCCAGGAAGCUCACUGUGGGGGGCCUUGGUUGGGCCAGUCACUGCCUCUCUCAGCCUCCCCUCCCUCGCAGGGUUGUUACGAUGAUAAAGUGGAGGAAGAGGAAAACUGUGUUCGCCCCCUUGAGGUCCUUGGAAGAAAGGUGGAGUACAAAUGUAAUAAAUGAUUUUCCACGUAAGGCUGGAAGAGACUUGCUCUCUCAAUCCCCAGAGACCCCUUGGGGGCAAAGUAGCUCCCAGUGUUCUUAUUCAGAGUCAUGAGGACUAGAAUCUUGAGUUUAUUUUUCGGGAGCCAUGCCUUGGGGGUAGAGCACAUGCUUUGCAUGCAAAAGGUUCCAGAUCCAAUUGCUGGCAUCUCCAGUAGGGAUGGGAAUGUCUGCUGCCAGUCAGUGUGGACACUAUUGAGCUUAAUGCUCUGCCAUCUCUCUCUCUCUCUGCAGGAGCUCAAACACUUGAUUCUAGAGGCAGCCGAUGGGUUCCUCUUCAUCGUGUCCUGCGAGACGGGCCGGGUGGUCUACGUCUCCGACUCCGUGACGCCUGUCCUGAACCAGCCCCAGUCCCAGUGGUUCGGCAGCACCCUCUAUGACCAGGUGCACCCCGACGACGUGGACAAGCUGCGGGAACAGCUCUCCACGUCGGAGAACGCCCUCACGGGUGAGCUCGGCCGUCCUGCCACCACCAUCCCAGUCACCGCAUGUCCUGUAACUUCCUGCUGAAAUCCUGUUAACAUUUUAUAACCGUGGAUGUCCCGGGAUUUAUGCUUUGCCCUGCUUUUUAGCGCCCUGCCGUUCCACUCAGAAUGGCCACAAUGCAGUCACCUUGGGGAAGCAGAACCCAAUACCACUUGCUGGAAACCACAAGAGGGCAGAGUUGCUCUUGAACUCAAAUCCUGCUUGCAAGUUUCCCACAGGCUCCUGGUUCACCACUGUGAGAACAAGAUGCUGGACUGGACGGGCCGUUGGCCUGAUCCAGCUCUUCAGAUGUUCCCAUUGAGCCUCCAGGUCCCGAGGCAAUCUGUCUAGAUUCCUGGGUAGUUUGGGUCAUUUGACUGCUGUGAGAAAAGGAUGCUGGACUAGAUGGGCUCCUUUGGUCCUGAUCCAGCAGGGCUCUUCUGAGGUUUUUGCAUCGCAGAAUACACCUGCUGUUGGGGACGGGCAGAGCGCUGGUGAGGGUACAUUCGGGGGGGGGGCUGGAGUCUGACUUGGGAGAGGCGGUCAAUGAUCUGUGGGGGCCUGUGUCAGCCAGGAGGCAAGAGUCUGUGGCAGGGGAAUCUUCAGAGCUGGAGGGUGGAGCACAGAAUGGGUCGGAAGAAGAGGAGAAAGAGGCAGGUCAGGCAAGUGAAGAACCACUGUCUCCCAGAACCAGGAGGAAAUUGAAAGGGGAGGAGCAGGGGAAGUUUCCACACAGGCAUAAUCUCCGGCUGUGUGUGCGCAGCCCAUCGGGAGCAGGUGCAUAAACUGGAGAGGAAGUGAUUGGAAGUUGCUGCAACUUCUCCAUAGAGCACAAACCAGAGAAUGCUAGUACAUGGUUAAUGGAAGCCAUAGAAGCUAUUGUAAGUGUCCACAUUUGAGUCAAUUCUUAACUGUCUGCCAUGUGCAUUCCUUUUGCUGGGGAGUGCAAAAAACCCCAACAACAACCUUGAAAGGUAGCUUUCUCCUGAGCAGAACUGCCCUCGCAUUUUUGACUGUGACAAUGACGAUUUCCUGUUUCCCAGGUCGCAUCCUGGACCUGAAGACGGGGACCGUCAAGAAGGAAGGGCAGCAAUCCAUGCGGAUGUGCAUGGGAUCCCGGCGGUCUUUCAUUUGUCGGAUGAGGUAGGACGGGGCUCCUCGGUUCCGCGUACAAAACCCACAUGUCGUUUCUGCGUAUGCUGGGCGUAAAUAAGGACCGCAAACAAGGAGAAGUGUUACGACCUGCUUGGGGUGCAGUGCUAGAGCGUGAUUUGGCAAAACAUGAGCAGGCCUCAGAACCCAGGAUCACUGGAAGCUAUCUUAUACUGAGUCAAACUCUUGGUCCAUCUAGACCAGUGCUGUCUACACUGAUGGGCAGAGGCUCUCCAGGGUUUCAGGAAGGGGAUAUUCCCAUCCCCUGUGUAGAGGAUUGAAGCUGGCACUGAGUAUGGUUCUGGUUGUCUUACCAUGUUAAUGGGUAUUAUAGAGCUGGGAAAAGGGUCAGGGAAGGGCAAAGGAUGAAAGGAUCUAGAAUGCUGCAGGGGCUGCAGUAACUAGCAGAAUCUAUGGCUUUUGAGUUUAGGAAAAAGUGAGAGGGGCAGGCUAAGAGGCCUUGGUGCGAUGCAACAGUAUGCUAUGGUGCUUUGGAAGUGUAUUGUAGCUACCGUAUUUACUCGAGUCUAAUGCGCCAUCAAAUCUAAUGCAUGCCUCAAUUUUCAGAACCGUGAAACCCCAAAAAAGUAUUUGCUGGCAAAUGUAAAUGUGCCAUCAAAUCUAACACACACCUUAAUUUUCACAACGUAAUUUGGCCAAAAAAGGUGAGCAAUAGAUUCAAGUGAAUACGGUAAUAAAUUCAUUGCUGAACUUUCAGAAAAGGAGAGAUCGUUCAAGGCCAUGUUUCUGUUAAUAAAAGUGCCAAGCAACGUAGUGUGUUAAGAAUUUACUUCUACACCGCUGGUUCAUACCCAGGUCAGGGAACAAACCUUUAAAUAAAAAUGCAGCCCUGAGAAAAUCCAAGCAAAGCUUCCAAUAGGGACCUGGUUUAUGUAGAAAAUCUAUUGCACAAAAGGACAGCCCCACUAACCACUUGUUCAGCGAACUGCCAAAUCUGUAUAUUAAUAGUAUUAUUAUUUUUUAAAAGCCUCCUGCUGUAAAAUAUAAAUGGAUUGGGAGAUUUUGAAACGAGUGUUAAUUCACACACUCAUCGCUGCUGUGUGGGUGAGGAGGAAGGAGAGAGUAUUAUUAUUAAUAUUCAGUUCGUCAGGUGCCUGACAUAUAGCAGUCUCCAGGUGACUUACAGCAAAUUAAAAAACAUACAGGGGUGUUAUGUUCCGGGCAGGGUAGGGCUGGGGGUUCCUGCUCCAGGUUUCCCCCCUUCAGCCUUAAAAGUCCCCAGAAAUGGAUGGCAAUUGCAUUGUUUUUGAAUAAAAGUUUCUGGAAACCACAGGAGGGGAGAGGGCUGUUGUCCUCAAUUCCUGCUUGUGGGGUUCCUAGAGGCAUCUGGUCAGCCACUGUGAGAACAGGACGCUGGACUAGAUGGGCCCCUGGCCUGAUCCAGUAGACUCUUGGCUUCAUGACCAGAAGCAGCCACAGCAUGGCUUUUGGGAGUGCUCCCUGGCCAGGCGGCAUGGAAGCAAAUCUGUGUAGUUCUGCCACAAGGAAGCAGGCAAAGGGCUGUGGGCCAGCUUGGUCCCUAAGUGAAGAUACAGUGGUGCCCCGCAAGACGAAUGCCUCGCAAGACGAAAAACUCGCUAGACGAAAGGGUUUUCCGUUUUUUGAGUCGUUCCGCAAGACGAAUUUCCCUAUGGGCUUGCUUUGCAAGAUGAAACGUCUUGCGAGUUCUUGCGAGUUUGUUUCCUUUUUCUUAAAGCCGCUAAGCCGUUAAUAGCCGCUAAUAGCCGUGCUUCGCAAGACGAAAAAACCGCAAGACGAAGAGACUCGCGGAACAGAUUAAUUUUGUCUUGCGAGGCACCACUGUACAAACGUCUUGCGGGGGCGGGAGGAACCAGAAUCUUUGGGUGAAAGUGGAAGUAACGUGAGUUUGUUUCUGUUCUUCGCUCCACAGAUGCGGCAAUGCUACGGUGGAUCCAGUCUCCAUGAACCGCCUCAGCUUUAUGAGAAACAGGACCCGGUAAAACUGGUUGUUCAGGGAGCCAGGGUUUGGUUGGCUGAGAAGGGGUAGUGAGCAGCCCAAUGUUAGCUUCAUGUUGCAAAGCAGAGUAGUCAAACUCUGAUCUUCCAGGUCCUGGUCUGAUACUCUAACCACUAUACCACCGCUGCCUCUCACAUUUGUUUAAUCAGUGCAGGGGGUAGAGCUGAGGUUUUUGUUGGCAGGUUCCUUUCCUGAGAGUUCUGGUGGACUCUCAUCCCCGCCGCCACGGUAGGAUCAGCAAAUGCAACCCUGGCAACAUAUUUCUCUCUGUUCCCUCCUUCCAGGAAUGGGUUGGGUGCUGUGAAGGAUGGCGAGCCUCAUUUUGUCGUGGUCCACUGCACAGGCUACAUCAAAGCCUGGCCACCGGCAGGUAACCUCACCUGAAUGUCUCAUUCUGGAAGACCCCCCUUUUUGAUGUUUCUGCUAAUUCAUUUAUUUCCUGUUACUUUGAAGUCCUGUUCUAAAAAUAAAGUGUUAUAGGGUUUUUAUCAGGAGGGUGGGAAGUCUGGACGAUGUUCAUGGGUCCCUUCCAGGCCUGUGAUCUUGUAUCCAGUGGGUUUAGAGUCUACUAAAAGAAGCCACUGAACUGCUCAGACAAGUUUCUUUGCAAGAUUCCAGCUUUAGCUGGCUGCUGAAGUACUGCCAUUUACAUGUCCAAAGAGCGGGCUUGGUUGCCGUAGAGACCAAUGGAUGGGUCUUUUCCCACCUUACCUGUCUGUAUGCCAAGUCAUCCUGGGCUGGAGAACGAUAGGCCAGGGGGCGCUCUGUGUGAAAAAGAGAGGGGGGAAAAAAGUGUGCAUGUGUUGGCUGAUGCUGGAAGCUGGAGACACACAGGAUUGUCCUGCUCUGUUCUGGAUCCAAAGCUACAAUUUGAUAAUCUUGCUGGGAAUUUAAUGAGGAGGCAAUAUCUGCUGGAGUUUGAAUGCUGUGAGCCUCUCCAUCCUAUGCUCAGGUUGUAUCUAUGCAUAAAUAAUGCCAUGCAUCCCAACUUGCUCAGAUUUUCUUUCCCUUGUUUUCAUUUUUCUUCUACAUAACUGUCAAUUUUCCUUUCUGAGAUUCCUUCACUUCCCUCUUACCCUCAUCUUUCUUUCUUUAAAUUCACUAGCAGUUUUUUUUAAUUACUGCAUCCCUUCUUCUUCCCCUCUGACAGUUGUUUUCUCCCUCCUUUCCCAUAGCAAGAUACCCACUAAUUUUACCCCGCGAGUGUUUCCGCACGGAGACCCCUGUUUUCAAAGGCUUCCAAUUACCCCUUGGUUCAGAAGUGUUUCACACAAUGCUGGUCCCUCUCUUUGUCGUUUAGUCGUGUCCGCCUCUUCGUGACCCCAUGGACCAGAGCAUGCCAGGCCCUCCUGUCUUCCACUGCCUCCCACAGUUUGGUCAAACUCAUGCUGGUAGCUUCGAGAACACUGUCCAACCAUCUCGUCCUCUGUCGCCCCCUUAUCCUUGUGCCCUCCAUCUUUCCCAACAUCAGGGUCUUUUCCAGGGAGUCUCCUCUUCUCAUGAGGUGGCCAAAGUAUUGGAGCCUCAGCUUCAGGAUCUGUCCUUCCAGUGAGCACUCAGGGCUGGUUUCCUUCAGAAUGGAGAGGUUGGAUCUUCUUGCAGUCCAUGGGACUCUCCAGAGUCUCCUCCAGCACCAGAAUUCAAAAGCAUCCAUUCUUCGGCGAUCAGCCUUCUUUAUGGUCUGGCUCUCACUUCCAUACAUCACUAGGUCCCUCUCUACUGCCACCAAAUUUCUCCCACUCUACCAGCCACAUGGGGUCGAUAGCAUAUAUUUUUUUAACCCACUAAGACCAGAAAAGACCCACCUUUGAGAAAAGCCUGUCCUGGCUCUGAGCUCAACUCCUCCUUCUUGCCACCCACAGGGGUCUCCCUCCCGGAUGACGACCCAGAUGCUGGGCAGGGGAGCAAGUUCUGCCUGGUGGCCAUCGGCAGGCUGCAGGUGAGUUAGCCUUUCCCUCAAGCCCCAAAAGGACGCAGGAACCAGGUUGCCAUUGAUUGCUGAGCCUUCUUCGUACCUUAUCGCAGCAGGUGUCCUUAUCUGAGAGCCUCAAAAGCCAGACCACAAUUGCUGUCCCAUGUUGCUCCAGGGCAGGGCUGGCAGCUUGCCUGAGGCCACUUUCGUAGAAUCGUAGGAGAGUUGAAAGGGCAACCCAAGGGCCAUCUAGUCCAACCCUCUGCAAUGCGGGAAUCAUGGCUAAAGAAUCCCCGCGAGAUGGCCUGUUUGGCGAGCGCAUGGCAGAGAUUAGGGCCCAGUCCCUCGCCUCUCCCAGCUCUUAGGGAGAAUCCGCUGCCGAAGAAGAGAAAUAAGAGAAAUAAUCAGGGGCCUUCUGCAGAGUUUCCUGCCUCCCCUCACUUGCCAACUCGCCUUCUUAUGGGGGAAAGGGCUGUCUCGCCUCCAAGCGGGAAUCCCAAUCCCUCCUGCCUAGCCCCCUCUCUGUAACCGGCCCCUAACCUCUUGGCGUCUCCCUUCCCUUGCAGGUCACGAGCUCGCCCAGCUGCGUGGACAUAAACACCGUGUGCCAGCCCACAGAGUUCAUCUCGCGGCACAACACCGACUGCCUCUUCACCUUCGUCGACCACCGUUGCGUGGCCACUGUUGGCUACCAGCCACAGGUGCGGGGAACUGGAGGAGGGGGUUCCCAGCAAGAGCUGGGUGCACAUUGGCUCCCUGGGUCCAGGCCAAAAGCCCGCUUAGUCCUGCAUCCUGGACAAUAUCAUUUAUAUAUAAGUUAAACAGUGCCGGGGCUAAAAUUCACCCUGGCUUAACUCCCUUUGUGGCUUGUAAGUUGUCCAUUUGUAGAGCAGCACGCCUUUCAUCACAGUAUCAUUGUAUAAGCAUUUAAUCAAGUACAGCAGUCUUUUGUCUAUAUUUGAGGAGUUCAGCUUAUCCCAGAGUCUUACUCGCAAAAUUGAGUCAAAUGCAGCUUUCAAAUCAAUGAAAGUUGCGUAUAGCAUAAGGUUUCCCGGGGACAGUCCCCCGAUUUAGAAAUCAGUCCUCUGACAAAAUCCUAUCAUUCCUACUGAAGUUGAAAAGCGUCCCCAGAUUCAUUGAAAAAGGUAACCUGCCUUCAGCAGUGACAUUCUGACUCUUUCUCUCUCUCCCCGCCCCCCACGAAAAAAAUUAGGAACUCUUGGGAAAGGAUAUUGUUGACUUCUGCCACCCGGAAGACCACCAGCUUUUGAGGGACAGCUUCCAGCAGGUAAACCAGCCACGAGUCCAUGACUGAUUCAGCCUGGCAUCUGCACAACAACCCAGCACACACCCCUUGGCAAACACAUUUUGAAUGCCGUCGGAGCAGGCAGGGGGAGCCUUGGGCCCUCCUGAGGUUGCUGAACUACAACUCCCAUCUCCUCCCUGGCCGUUGGCCACGCUUGCCGUCAGGGCUGGUGGGAGUCGUAGUUCAGCAAGAUCCAGAGGUUGCACACAUGCCUGCCUUACAGACCAAUCUGUUACCUGGUCUGGAGCACAAACUUCAGGCCAUCUUUCCAAAGCCCCGGGAGGGAGGGAGGGGAAGCUGUUUUUUCACGACCUUCACAGUCCUGCAUUCCACCCCAUAACCAUCAACAUCUGUGGAAAAUGGAAAUAAAUACAGUGGUGCCCCGCAAGAUGAAUGCCUCGCAAGACGGAAAAACCGCUAGACGAAAGGGUUUUCCGUUUUGGAGUUGCUUCGCAGGACGAAUUCCCCUAUGGGCUUGCUUCGCAAGACGAAAAUGUCUUGCGAGUCUUGAGAUUUUUUUUCCGCUUCCCCCCCCUUUAUCUAAUCUGCUAAGCCUUUAAUAGCCUUUAAUAGCCUUUUAGCAGCUAAUCCCCUAAGCCUUUAAGCCUUUAAUAGCCGCUAAACCGCUAAUAGCGCUAAUCCGUUAAGCCGCUAAUAGGGUUGCUUCGCAAGACGAAAAAACCGCUAGACGAAGACUCUCGCGGAACGGAUUAAUUUCGUCUUGCGAGGCACCACUGUACCUGCCAGGUGCCCCAGCGUGGGCUGCAGAAACCACUUUUUCAGCUUGAGGGCCACAUUCCGUUCUUGGCAACCUUCUGGGGGCCACAUGCCACUGGUGGGUGGGGCCAGAGUCAAAAGUGGGUGGGGCCAAGAACGUAAAUUUGAGUUCUGUAGAAUAGAUUGGUUCCUACACACACACAGAUGCCUCUCUGUCUUCUGUCCAGGUGAGCGAGAGGCAGGAUCAGAGUUCGAGGAAACAUCUCCAGCCAGGCAAAACCACCUUUGGGGUGCAAAGCAGGGGUGGUGAGAGGCAUAGGGGGAAUCCUUGCCCCAGGGAAAGCAACCUCCAAAAUCCCAGGCAAGGAGGAAUUGUAGCCAGUGCUGGCAUUAAAAGAGGGCAGGCAAGUUGCAGCCCCCAACCCAAUCUCAUCUCUUGCCCUAGUCCCCUUUGCUGGCAUUUUUUAGAAAGCCAAAGUGGGGGGCUAAGAUUGGGAAGCUCCAAAGUAGCAGAGCUUUAUUUGGGGUUCUUCUGAUCCUGGGUCUUAGGGUAAGCGCUGCUCUUUCAGGAAGUGCAUGUUUUGUUGGGGGGGGUCCUUCCUUUCCACCCCUCUGCUGUGGCUGCUGCUGUUGCCGGCGUAAAACCAAAACAAAACCCCACCCCACCCCCGUUUUUCCAGGUGGUGAAGUUAAAAGGCCAAGUUCUGUCCGUCAUGUUCCGUUUCCGGUCCAAGAACCAAGAAUGGCUCUGGAUGAGAACUAGCUCCUUCACCUUCCAGAACCCCUACUCAGAUGAGAUAGAGUACAUCAUCUGUACCAACACCAAUGUGAAGUACGUACGCGGGGACCCCCUGUGCCACCCCCACUGGCAGCGGGGCCUGCUCUUUCGCUGUGUCCUUGAAAGACUUGCAGGGCGGAGGGGGCUUUGCAGUCUCCCACCCCAAAAAACUCCUCCUUAGCUUCAUUCCAGCCUCUUUUUAAGCAAAAUGCAUUAAAAUAAGUUUCUGCUUCUGGGUUGUCAAAUCUCCUUUGCCUUUUUUUUGGUUGUUGUUCAGUUGAACCCCAAGACCUACCAGCCAGAUGCAAAAUUAGGCAGGGCACAUUCACUUUUAAAUACAACUUUGAAAAGUCACAGCUUCCCUCAAAUAAUUAGGGAAAAUACUAUUUGUUAAGGGUGCUGGGAGUUGUUAGGAGGCCCCUCUAUUCCCUUCUCAGAACUACAAUUCCCAGAGUUUCAUGGGAAAGAGGGAUAAGCCUCUCUGGGAAUUGUAGCUCUGGGAAAGGAAUAUGACACUCUUCCUGAACACUCUCAGCAUUAACUACAGCUCCCAGGAUUCGUUGGGGGGGAAGCCAUGGCUCUUUAAAGUCACAUCACCGUGCUUUAAAUUUAUAGUGUGAAUGUGGCCUUUGGGUACCCGAUGCUAGUCCUAUGCAGAGUGGACUCACUGAAAUCAGUGGACAGGCUAACUUAGGUCCAUAGAUUUCCAUAUGUCUGCCCUGACUGGAACUUAGUUAGCUGCUGCCCUUAGAAUUAAGGAGCAAGGAGCCUCCAAUCCCAUUUCUGAGUGUAGGGAUUUGUUUCCAGUGCUAGAGGUCACAGCUCUUUUGCACACACACAAAAAUCUGCCAACUAUGAGUUCAGAUUUCUUCAUUUUAGCUGCCUAACCUAGGUGGGAAAACUUGCUUUUUCUUGCUCUGGGGUCAGAAACCCUUGUUGAUCUACUGCAAAAUUGCCCUGAGAUCUCCCCACAGAUCUCAGUCUACUUUCUGCCCUUCCCUUGGUCUAAACCGCCUGUCUGCUCUGAGUAUCCCCCUCUUUUGCUCUUGAUUGGACAGGCUGCUGUGAUGUCAGGGAAUACGCUAGCCUUAAUUGGAGCAGACCUACAGAACCUGACUACCUUGGAGAACAUAAGAAAAGCCUGCUGGAUCAGGCCAAUGGCCCAUCCACAGCUGGAGGUUCAUUAGUUUCAGUGGGUCUGCUGCUGAGUAGGACUGGCAUGGGAUGCGACCCAUAAUGCCGCCCCCCUCAGCCAUCAGGACACCAGCUCUCCUCUUGGUCUGCCCCAUAUUGUCAUGUUGGUGUCAUUUCCUUGAGUGAAUCCAUACAUUCACCAUCCCUAAAUCUGAAACUGGGACACAUUUGCAGGUUGAGCUAAAGACUAAGAAUCAUCUCCAGCUAAGUUUUACUGAGAGUAGACCCAUUGAAAUGAAUGGAACUAAGUUAUGUUGAUCGAUUUCAGUAGCUCUGCUUUGAGUAGCGCCAACAUUGGAGACUGCUCUCAAUUUUCUGCCCACUGCCCAUCUUUCAGUCUAUUUUAAAAAUAAUUUUGUGGUGGAGUGGAGGGGCGGGUGGCCUCUGAGAGAGUGUUGUGGCAGUCGGCUUGAGUAAGCUUUUGCACAAUCUAUCUCUGCCCCUUCACUUGGGGGUGGGGAGAACCCCACACACCCAUACACUCAUCCAUCCCAUUUCCAUAUACCAGCUUCAGACGGGGAGCUUCAGAGAAAUCAAAGCCAGAUUUUGCAUUUAUUAUGGAGUCGCUUACGUAGAACAGUGUAAGGUGUUUUGUUUUGUUUUUAAACUGAUUACAAUCAAGCUUUAAAAACAAACAUGCCUGAAAUUUCUCAAAAUGCAGAUUUAAAACCAACAGAUACGUGUAAAAAGAAUUGUGUGUCUGGGGUAGCGAAAAAGACUUUAGCAGGUGCCAAAAACGGCCUUAAGAAGAGGGAGGGGCAGAAAGAUCCCCUGGCUCACUGGAAUGCUCUGAGGGUUGUGAUUGGCUCCCUCCGAUCCCUGACCUUCCCUUCCCCGAUGACCCCCCAGGAAUGCCAGCCAGGAGUCCCGGCCUGCCUUGGCCAGUCAGAUGCAGCGGCCCCAACUGGGCCCGAACGCCAGCCUGCCUUUGGAGAUGAGUCCUGCCCAGCUGGCGACGAGGUAAGUGGGGGGCUGGCUGGAGUCACCCUGGGGCCCUUUGCUCUGUGAGGGGUCUAUCCCAAGGCCCCCCGGGGCAUGUAGGUGUCGGAGCACCUUGUAAGCUCUGCUCAGUUCCUCUCCCUGCUUUGUGGCACUUUCCUCUGACCCACGACCGGCUCCUAACCUCUUAACAAUGGCUUGCGUUUCAGGCAGCAGGCGACGCAGCCAACAGACGUCGACGUGGUCCCUGUCAGGGAGAGCUUAGCCAGUUACGACCACGCCCAGGUAACUCGGCAAAGGUUCCAAGAGUUUCCAUGGGGACUCGUCCCAGCUCCCUGCCCUAAAUUGAGACCUGGCAGAGGGCACACACAAACACACCCGCUGACACGGAUCACUGUGUCCCUCCUUUGGCAGACCACACACUCCACUGGAAGGAACUCGUGGCGCUCACCUCUGUGGAGUUGCCAGUCGCCAUUGGCGACUAGAGGAGUCGUUCAAUACCGGACUGCAGUGGCAUGAGAGGAAGAAAUGACUUUUUUUUUUUCCAUAACUCCCCUCUUCAGCCAUCCUUCAGCCUGCCCCCUUUGCAUGCACACAACUGAAAACAUAGAUUUUGUGGAGUGGCAAUCCAAACAGGAUUCUCCCACCCUGUCCAUUCUCAUUUAAGUGGCAUGUUGCAGGAUUUAUGUUAGAACACACCUAGAUUCCAAUCCUUGCUCAGCCGUGAAGCUUAUUGGGGUGUCCAGGGGCCCAGUUGCCAUCUCCCAGCCUAACCCACUUCUUGGGGUAGUUGUGAGGUUAAAAUUAGGGGAGGAGGAAUGGGGUAUGGUGCCCUGAACUCUCGUGACGGGGUGGGGAAUGGAAAUGGAAAUAAAUCCCUGGGCUUAUCACUUAUUUAGUUGUGUGUGCACAUGUUGACACCUGCAGAUUGUAUCCAACAUUAAUCAUACUCAAGACUCUGCAGUUAACGGUUUUGACUGACCUUAGGCGCGUUGAUUUCAGAGGAUCUACUCAGGAGUAGGACUGAGCUGACUGUGCAACCCUGUGUUUGCUCAUCUCCUUCCAGGCUGCCGUUCAACCGGUGGCCACCACCGGCCCGGACCAUGGCAAACCUCUGGAGAAAGCAGAGACCCUCUUCAGUCAGGAGCGGGACCCUCGCUUCAGUGAAAUUUACAGCAGCAUCAGCACAGGUGAGAGGGUUGGGGUCGGGGGGUGGGAAAUCAGAGCCGGUAAUCAGUAGCCAUGUCAGUCCAUCCCCUGGGAGAAAAAAAGAGAGAAAUCUUGGGGAACGCCAGAGGUCCCAAGUUCAAACCCCAGAGGCAUAUCCAGGUAGGGCUGGGGACGUCCAGCCUCACCUGAAACCUUGGAGAGGCGCUGCCGUCAGUGUCGACAGUCCUGGGCGAGAUGGGCCCAAGCAGCCUUUUUGCUAUAGCUUCCUAUGAGUUGGAUCCAGCAUUAGUCCUGCUAAGACCAGGACCCCUUGAAAUGAACGAAGGUGGUGGAUUUGUUCCUUAUUUAGCUGUUUAAUUUAUAAAUCCUGCCUUCUCCCCAGGCCGGGACUCAAGGCAACUUACACAAGUUAAAGCGGCACAGAGAAAGUACAAGAAGCUAAAAGCAUAUUUUAAAAUAGUUUGUUUAAACUAGAGUGGCCUUUGUCCAUGGAGUUUUCUUGGCAGGGAUACUGGAGUGGCUUGCCGGUUCCUGCUCCAGGUGGAUCACGUUUGGUCAAAACUCUCCACUAUGACCUGUCCAUCUUGGGUGGCCCUGAACGGCAUAGCUCAUAGCUACUCUGAGUUAUUCAGGCCCCUUCGCCACGGCAAGGCAGUGAUCCAUGAUCACUCCCUGCUUAUUUAACUUAUAUGCAGAAUUCAUCAUGCAAAAGGCUGGGCUGGAUGAAUCCCAAGCCGGAAUUAAGAUCGCCGGAAGAAAUAUCAACAACCUCAGAUAUGCAGAUGACACAACCUUGAUGGCAGAAAGUAAGGAGGAAUUAAAGAACCUUUUAAUGAGGGUGAAAGAGGAGAGCGCAAAAUAUGGUCUGAAGCUCAACAUCAAAAAAACAAAGAUCAUGGCCACUGGGCCCAUCACCUCCUGGCAAAUAGAAGGGGAAGAAAUGGAGGCAGUGAGAGAUUUUACUUUCUUGGGCUCCAUGAUCACUGCAGAUGGUGACAGCAGUCACGAAAUUAAAAGACGCCUGCUCCUUGGGAGAAAGGCGAUGGCAAACCUAGACAGCAUCUUAAAAAGCAGAGACAUCACCUUGCCAACAAAUGUCCAUAUAGUUAAAGCCAUGGUUUUCCCAGUAGUGAUGUAUGGAAGUGAGAGCUGGACCAUAAAGAAGGCUGAUCACCGAAGAAUUGAUGCUUUUGAAUUAUGGUGCUGGAGGAGACUCUUGAGAGUCCCGUGGACUGCAAGAAGAUCCAACCUCUCCAUUCUGAAGGAAAUCAGCCCUGAGUGCUCACUGGAAGGACAGAUCGUGAAGCUGAGGCUCCAAUACUUUGGCCACCUCAUGAGAAGAGAAGACUCCCUGGAAAAGACCCUGAUGUUGGGAAAGAUGGAGGGCACGAGGAGAAGGGGACGACAGAGCAUGAGUUUGUGGGACAGUGUUCUCGAAGCUACAAACAUGAGUCUGACCAAACUGCGGGAGGCAGUGAAAGACAGGAGUGCCUGGCGUGCUCUGGUCCAGGGGGUCAUGAAGAGGUGGACAUGACUAAACGCCUAAACAACAACAAACUAGAGUAGAAUGAAAAUAGCAUAAAGGCAGAUUGAAAUAUAGAUAAUAAAAAGGCAGUGUCAGAAGCACUUUACUUAUAAACAGUCAUUCCCAAAAGCCUGUCAGAAUAAAUUUAUCUUCUUCUGCCAGCAGGAAGGGCAAGGAGAGAGCCUGUCUCUCGGAAUAAGGCCCAUUAGUAUCAGUAGGUCUUUGUUGGAUACCGCCCAAUAUCCCGUUCUUGGGUGGCCAGGUCGGGGCUAACCAUGCUUCUCUCUCUCUCUCUCUCUCAAUCAGACCAGACGAAAGCCGUCUCUUCUGGCUCUCUGCCCGCCAGCCAGUCCCUCUUCUCCCAGGGAAGCAGUUUCAUAGCUCCGCGUCCCACCGAGAACUUCAGGUGAGGUCUAAGGGAUAGUCUCAAGACUCCUGCAAUUGGCUGAGUUUCCUUUCCAGUUUAGCCCAGCCUCCGCAGUGCAGUGGUUAGAGUGAGUGAGGGUUCAAAUCCUCACUCAGCCACCAAGCUCACAGUCUCUCAGCUUAAGCUACAUCAAAGGGGGCGGGGGGGACCACGUAUGCAGCCUUGAGCUCCUCAGAAGAAAGGCGAGAUAGAAACUGAGUGAACAAAUAGAGGAAUGAAUGGCACGCCAGCUCUCUGCGUGCCUCUUCAGCCACACUGGCCUUUCCUCCCUUAACUCUGCCCUCUUCCUCGCCUCUGUAGGAGCAGCACGAUGGUGCCCCCCGUGAACGUCAUUCAGCAGCAGCUGCCCACAGCACCGCAUUCGGCCUCGGCGGGGCAGAUCCUGGCCCAGAUCUCUCGCCACUCCAAUCCUGAUCAGGUCUCCGGGACCACUUGGGCUUCAGGGACGACACGCACGUCUUUCACUGCCCAGGUAGUUUUUGUCUUUUUCCUACAGACCAUAAAUAUGGGCAUCCCUAGUACGAACUGGGCUUAGCCACAGUUUUGUGUUGAAUAGUCACAAGCUGCCGUGUCUGCUGGAGGAGCUGGAACUGGGCCUGGUUUAGGAGUAUAGGAAGCUUCUGCCUCAUAGAAUCAUAGAACUGUAGAGUUGGCAGGGACCCCUGGUGGUUAUCUAAUCCAAUCCCCUGCGAUGUAGGAAUCUCAACGAGAUUGUACAUAACAGACGGCCAUCCAGCCUCUGCUUAAAAAUCUCCAAGGAAGGUCAUUUUGUUCCUGUAAGGACAUACACUCCAGCUUCCCGUAACCUACCAGUUGCUUUUUAUUUAUCUGCUCACUGUUUAAAUUUCUUUUUCGUGCUCUUCUAGCAGGCGGCUUCCCACGCUGUUAAGACUCGGCCGCCUUCCUUUGCCAUGGGCACCUUCCAAGGCACCCCGUCCUCCUUCAGCCCCAUGUCGACACAAGGCUCCACAGCUUCGCCAGGCGGGUCUGCCUAUCCAAGCCUUGCCAGCCGCAACGCCAGCUUUGGUGAGUGUUCCCCACCGGGUUUGGAAGUUGCAAGCGGUGAUCCUUCUGCUGAAGAGGCAGGACUCUGUCGCCGUGCAGUUCCUCGUUCUGCAGAAGCAACGCUGUGAAAUGAUGGGCGUGUAUGUUGAGCAUAGCGGGAAGGGCCGGAGCUCAGCAGAAGAAUAUCUGCUUUGCUUGCAGAAAGUCCCAGGUUCAAAUCCAGGCACCUUCUGCUAGGGCUGGGGAGACCAUGCCUGAAUGUAACAAGAGCCCACAAGGACCGCCUCUCUCCAUAUGAACCUACAUGGACCCUGGGAUCAUCAUCUGAGUCCCUUUUUCAUGUGCCUCCUCUAAGAGAGGUCCAGAGGCUGGCAACAUGAGAACAGGGCCUUUUCUGUAGUGGCUCCCCGCUUGUGGAAUGCUCUCCCCAGGGAGGCCCACCUGGCACCUUCCUUGCAUAUCUUUAGGCGCCAGGCAAAAGCAUUUCCCUUCAACCAAGCCUUUGGCUGAUUAAUAUUCUACAUCCUUUUAAAUGUGUUUGUCAUGGAAACAAAAGCAUAAUCAAUUUUUUGAAAUAAUUUUUAUUGGUUUUACAAAAUAAAUCAUGAUUAACAUUUUUCAUUAAAGAAAAGUUUAAAAUAAAACAAGAUUCUCCCAAAUCUUAGGACUCCCCUCCUCCCCUCUGUGGGUGCUUUAAGUUUCUUAAUCAACUGCAUAUUAGAGUUCAUCCAAAUUUCAGUUCUCCAAUAUGUCCAAAGUCUCUGUAACAUUGCAAGAGUUAUUCAGAGCAUGCCAUCAAUUGCACAAUCAUUUCAUGGUUGCCGGGAACAGUAUCUUUCAGUCUUCCAACAGGAAUACUUUCAAAUGCUUCUUGAAUGUCAAUAACAAGGGAGACAGGCUCACCUCACAAGGGAGGGCAUCUCCUGUGAAUCCACCUGGGAUCUACCUUCUGCCCCACUUCUGAUUGCUAGACCUCUUUCUGCAGCCCAAAGCAGGGUGUUUCCGCCCACCAACUCCUUCUAAGCCAAACCAGUCAAUCUAGACCAAAGCGUGUUAUCAAGGGCAUGGGGAAAGAACAGUCUUGUCUCCUACACUCGGUGCUAACCGCAUUUUUGUUCCUUUCAAAGCUGCUGGAGAGAGCGGGCAGGCCCCAGCCCCGUUCCAGCCCCGGGCAGCGGAGGGGGUCGCCGUGUGGUCGCAGUGGCAGGGUCAGCACCACGGACAGAGUCCAAGCGAGUCGCACGCCCAGCAGCCACCACCAAACCAGUCAGAAGUCUUCCCGGUCAGUCAACCUCCCCUCCGCCACGAUUCCAGUAACUUUUCCUGCCCCCGUUUUAUAAACAGAGGCCAAGACACCAAGGAUCCUCUUGCUAGGGAUCCAAACCAGGAUUUAAACCUCCAGCAGCCGACACUAUUUCCCCAUCUUUGAUUUAUGUAAAAGCACUGAUAACCCAAGAAGCUGCACUGUACUGAGCGAGACCGUUGGUCCACCUAACUCAGUAUUGUCUACACAGACCGGCAGCAGCUCUAGAUCCUCUCACAGCACCCUCAACAAACGACAGUCCCCAGGAUUCUUUCUGGGAAGCCAUAACUAUUAAAGUAGUAUAAAGGUAAAGGUAAAGGGACCCCUGACCAUUAGGUCCAGUCGUGACUGACUCUGGGGUUGUGGCGCUCAUCUCGCUUUAUUGGCCGAGGGAGCCGGCGUACAGCUUCCAGGUCAUGUGGCCAGCAUGACUAAGCUGCUUCUGGAGAACCAGAGCAGCGCACGGAAACGCCGUUUACCUUCCCGCCGGAGCGGUACCUAUUUAUCUACUUGCACUUUGAGGUGCUUUUGAACUGCUAGGUUGGCAGGAGCAGGGACUGAGCAACGGGAGCUCACCCCGUUGUGGGGAUUCGAACCGCCAACCUUCUGAUCAGCAAGUCCUAGGCUCUGUGGUUUAACCCACAGCGCCACCCGCAUCCCUAAAGUGGUAUAAGGGUGCUUUAAAUGUAUGAUCCAGAAGGGAUCUGAGUUAAUACAGAUAAAGGUUUUACAUAGCACAUUUGAGGGUGGGGUUCAUUUUAGGGGGCGCUGUUAAAUGUUUGCAAGUAGGAAACCCUUCUCCUGCAUUCAGGAACCACUUUCUGCCCGUCCUAGAAGAUACAGUGCACUGUCACCUAAGCAACGAUAAUUUCAUUCUCAUUUUCGAAUUCCCUUUCAUUUACAGGACAUGUUGUCCAUGCUAGGGGAACAAGGAGCCAGCUACAACAACGAAGAGUUUCCCGAGCUGAACAUGUUCCCCCCCUUUUCGGAAUAAGGAUGGGAAAAGAUCUGUGCAGAUGGUGCAGUUUCCCCUGGCCCCCCGUGUAGCGACGCAGGGAGGGAGGAGCGUUUGUGACUCUCCAAACCCUUUCUAACUUCUGUCAAAGACUGCCAAAGUCUUCCUACUUCUGGGAAGCAGAAGCGCUGCAGGCGAGGCGUCGCAGAGGGAGUCCGGCUCGUUCCCAACUUGGGUGGAGCCUCUGGCGAGGCCGCUGUUUCCCUCCUUCCCGGCAGACCUGCCGCGAACCGGUUGUGUUUUGGAGAAAGCCGCGUGUGCAGAGUCCAAAAGCAGUCGCGAGGACUUGGGGAGCCCGAUGAGUGGACGAUGCUCAGUGUGCGAUCAUCAGGGAUUUUUAAAAGCUCAAUGGGUGUUUGGUUUUUUAAAAAAGAAACACCCUACGCCAUAACCUUUUAUACAUAUAUAUACAUAUAUAUAUAAAUAUAUCAAAAUUGUAUUCUUGUUUAUACGAUGUCAGGGAAUGGGGGCAGAAUUUGCCCCCUGAAAUGAUGCUUAAAGCGCUGUGUAAUUCCGUCACCUGUGAACACCCGAGGCAUAUAGAGGAACUCGUUGCCGCGCACUCGUUUCACUAGCAUCCGCACUCGUGUGUUCAGGUCUUGCACGUUAUCUCCCUCGAGCAGUGUUAAUGAAAUGGAGGGGUCUGCCUGCCCCCACCCCAACGGUUCACCCUGCUGGGCUAGCAACUUUCUCAAGUGCCCCCCUUUCCCAGCAGCCGCCAAGCCGCCCACCAGCGCUUGAAUGCUGUGUAUGUCUUUAGAGCAUUGUGCUCUCCCCAUAAUGUAUAGGGGAACUGGGAUGCCAGCCGGCACUGGGAACAACAAGGAAGUUGGGGGACAUUGAAGCUGGCUGCACCUGGCUAGUCAAGGAAAAAGUAGGCAUGGCUUGUCCUGAAGGAAGCCUUCAGGUUCCUCUGUUCUCUGGAAACCCAGACAAGCAAGUGUGGUGUUUGCCUUCUGGGAUGAUGAGACUCAAGGUAUCCACCAUUGAAGCUGGCCCUGUUUCCUCCCAUAACCUGUGCAAUUAAAAGUGGGCCUCGCUCAUUAGCGGAACCCUCUUGGCUUCCUUUUUUCUUGUAACGCUUCAGGACGGGGGACACUUCCAAGCCAUAAAAAGCAUCCGUAGCACAAAAGCUUUUUGUUGUUGUUGCAUUGUUGAGGAUUUUGGGGUUCACGUGGGUCCCCUUUGUGUCCAUCCCUCUCUUAAUGUGAAAUGGGACAGGGCUGCAAUCUUCCCCCGGUGCUCACACAAUUCUGGAAACAAGCAGAUUUAAUCUGAGCAGGUUUCCUGUCCAUCUGUUGUUCCUGUUGAUGUCUUCCCCUCCCCCCCUUCUUCAGUGGGGGGUAAAGAACACACAUACCUGUCUCUCCCCCCCAAUCCAGGCAUCAUCCUGCUCACCUGUUCUAGGGGGUAAGAAUUGAGAUGAGACGAUGGGAACCUUGUUCUGGAGAUGUGUGAUCGUCAUCGAAAUAUACUUACAUUUGGCAUGAAGCCUGAAUUCUUGGAAUCUACCACUGUCUUCUUUCAUAAAUCUCAGUUGAAAGUGGGGUGCACCCCAGGCUUUGGAUAGAGGGGAAGACUGUUCCUCUCGUGUUCCAGAAGUUAUGUAUACGAUCUUGAAUAGUGUAACAAUGCAGUGCUGUCUUUUCUGAGAAGGAAAAAUGAAAGAUCAGGAUAAAUUCUUUUAAAAACCCACGGCGAUUCUCAUUUCUAUCUUGCAAAACUCAGCCAUUGUUUGCCAAAGCGCAAGGAUUGAUCUCCCGGCGUCCCAAAAAUAUGGCACCAACCACUUUGCGAUUUAAAAGCAACAAUAACUUUUUAGUAAUGACUGCAGAAUUCAGCAUCUGGAUAAUUUCUAGUUCUUUUCCCCCCUUUUUGUGUACUUUUAAAAAAAUCAAGUUUCUGGCCCUCAUAAUGAAGAGGACCAGCUUGAUGUCUGUGGGCCCGUAUCUCAGAAGCAUUUUACUGUUUUUCGUGUCGACCUUUUGUCCCUUGCCCUGGCUUAACAGAGCAAUUAUGCAAAAUAAACGAUAUGCCAUAUGUUUUAUUCAUGA